AUGGUGCUGUUACGGUUGUUGGAUAAGGUGAUGGUAAACUCUCUUGUUCUUAUGUUCAGUUUGGCGUUGAUCUCUGAGUUUGUGGGAGCUCAGAAUGACACAGAGCCUGUAGUCCUGGAGGGCAAAUGUCUUGUGGUUUGCGACUCUAAUCCGACUACGGAUUGGAAGGGCUCGUCCUCUCCUCUUGGCAUUUCGGUGCGUGCGGCAAACUCCAAGGUCGCCUUUUCUGCGGUCCGGAGCAACAAUCACGAACCGUCGGAGAUGAGCAAUAAAACAAGAAUCAUAUACUUCGACCAAGUAAGACGGUUUUGUAUGUUUUUGAGACAGUAGAUAAUGUUUCAUUUUACUUCAACUUUAUAACAUCAAAGUUGCACUGAUAAAACUGCGCUGCAAUGCUGUGUAGGAUCAACGUUGUAGGCUACACAGUGACAGGUUAUUUUCCCAGCAAAACUCAAUUGAAAUAAUUAAAAAUAUAUCAUUUGGAAGAGUCUAAAAGGUGGUUUAGAGAGCAACCUACAUUGAUUAAUAAUAGUUAAUGAUUGAUUGACUGAUUGGUUAAUUUGAAUUUGAAUGGUUGAUCAAUAAUAAUGACAAAGCUCACAUGUGAUCAAACACAAUAAAGGGCUAUAAAUGACCUGCAGGCAGCAGCAUAGGUUCAUCUGAGAAUAGGACAUAGCACACUCACUGUCACAAUCACACAUGCACCUGAAUUUACCCCUCAUUCUUUACACACAGACACACAGACACACACACACACACACACACACACACACACACACACACACACACACACACACACAAACACACACACACACACACACACACACACACACACACACACACACACACACACACACACACACACACACACACACACACACACAUAGUAGAGAUGCUUGGUUUGGCUUCAUCAAUUUGAUUGGGUGGUACCAGGGCCGUUUGUAGCGUUUUGGGGGCCCUGAGCUAGAUUUGGUUGAGGGGCCCCCCCACCAUGCAGGCAAAACAUUUUAGUGGCCCCCCUCUUGGCGGCGGAGAGAAAACUGUGCAGCUUUUUUAAAGCACAUUUUAUGCAAUUCUACACAUUUUUCAAUUGGGCAGAGAGAAAAUGCUGCAGUUUUUAAAUGAAUUUAAUGCAAUUCUAUUCAUUUUGCCAUGGGGUGGAGAGGAAACUUUGCAGUUUCAAAGCUAAUUUUCUGCAGUUCUACACAUUUGCCAUGGGAUGGAGAGAACAUUUAGCAGAUUUAAAGCUAAUUCAGUAAUUUGGCCAUGAUUACUACAAUGUUUAGAUAGCUGGCUAGCACAGGAGGUUGGUGGCACCUUAAUUGGGGAGGACAGGCUCGUGGUAAUGGCUGGAGAGGAAUUAGUGGAAUGGUAUCAAAUACAUCAAACACAUGGUUUCCAUGUGUUUGAUACCAUUCCAAUCGCUCCAUUCCAGCCAUUAUUAUGAGCCAUCCUCCCAUCAGCAGCCUCCACUGCUGGCUAGACUAACUUACCGAGCAAUCUAUAAAAUGUUGGGCUAAUUGAGUGACUGUCAGUGACUGACAUAACAAGAGGAAACUGCUGAUGUAAUACCACGUUUUGAAAUUACACGUUGUGUAUUCGACUAUCCUAACUAAGAACUACUAUCCUAACUCCACUAUCCUAACUGACUUCCUCUUUUGGGUUGGGGGCCCGCUAGCGGCUGCAGAGACCUAAGCAUGUCACUUAUGCCUAGAAACGGCACUGGUGGUACUUACAGACUGUGAUAAUCACACACCAGCUGAGCAGCGCUGUUGAUUUAUAUGAACAUGAUGGGAAUAAAUCGUUCUUGUUAAAGCCACCUUGUUCAAGCAAGCUCUCAAUUGAGAUAGUGCCAUAUUUAUUUAAGUAAAUGCAGUACAUUUAAAGGUUUUUCCCUGUUUGAAUGAUCCUAAAAUCACAGUGAUAGUACAACUCCUGGUGGCACCUCAACUGGCAGGACCUUACAUAGUGAGUCAUAAGCUGCAUGGAGUGUCACAUCACAUGAUUAAAACUGUCAGUACAUUUUGAGGGGUCUACGACCGCUGAAAUAUCAGAUUUAACACAACAGUCUUGUCACCAUAAUUUGAGUGUGACCAGAUGAAAAGCUGGUGGUUAAGCCACAAUUAUUUGAAUAGUCAGUUGAAUCAUUGAGGAGAAUAUUUAUUCAUCUUCUAAAAUGCUUUAUUCUUCUUUCUCUAGGUUCUUGUGAAUAUAGGCAACUAUUUCACAUUGGAGUCAGUGUUUUUGUCUCCCAGAAAAGGGAUCUACAGUUUUAAUUUUCACGUUAUAAAAGUGUACCAGAGCCAGACUAUACAGGUAAGCAAUUUUGGCCUAUUUGUUUCAGCAAUUUAGCUCCAGUUAUGAUAUCAUUUGAUUCCCCAGAGACAUAAUUUGCUAUACAUUUGCUAUGGCUACAUAGGGCCUUGUAAUGGAGUUAUUACAGUGUAUUACAGAUUAGGAAAUAUGUCUAAGACUAUUGUGUCUAAAUCUAUUCUGAACUAUUUCCUGUGUAGGACUAUUUGGACAUUUUGGAUUUGAAUUGACAGAAUGGUGCACUGCAGGUUAUGAGAGGAAGCUGAAACAAAUCUCUGACAAAUAACUUCAUUUCAAUAGAUGAGAUUACCUGUGUUAAUGUUAGGAAAAUGUACUGUAAAACAUUCAUGGGAAAUAACAGCCACUGCAUGGAUAAUCUUCUAAUUUGGUGAUGUAUGUUUACACAAUUGUAGCCUCAAUUUCUAGUCUUUUCAUUGCGAAGCUCCAAAUCCUGGAGAAUUCUGAGCUCUCUCUGGGUGUGAAAAGUGGGAGGAGACUACAUGAGUUUAUUAAACAUACCAUCUUAUUAUUCUGGCUAUUUAAGAGAGUGACAAAACUAAGCUAAACAAUAAUGUUGUUUUUUCAAAGUACAUCGUCAAGGGAAUGGCUUCUGCAUACUGUACAUAUUCUAACCAAUAACAGUAGUGAAUAGCAAAUUGCUACAGUGAGUAGCUGUGGAUGAUUACAAUGUUUGGCUAUGGGCUUGCAGUAAUAUCAUGGCAAGAUAUUAUAGUAUAGAACUAUAGGGACAUUAACUGCAUUUCUCCCCUGUCUCGUUCAUGUUUGCUCAUUGCUGUCUCUUUGGGUCAUCCAGGUGAACUUAAUGUUGAAUGGGAAACCUGUCAUCUCAGCUUUUGCGGGUGACAAAGACGUAACUCGAGAGGCAGCCACAAAUGGAGUUCUGCUCUUUUUGGAUAAAGAGGACAAAGUCUACCUUAAACUGGAGAAGGGGAAUCUAGUUGGCGGAUGGCAAUACUCUACAUUCUCUGGUUUCCUUGUUUUCCCUCUGUAA